GCGGGGCUACCCGGGGUCAGGGAUCAAACUCCCCGCACAGAGAAACAUGGCGCCGCUCAAGCUCUGCAUUCCCGGGGAGAGGUUGUGUAGUAUAGAGGACGGCACUCCGACCAGCGGCACCUACUCCAGGCACGGCUACAUCUUCGCCUCUCUGGCCGGCUAUGUAGUGAAGAAGAACGACAAUGGCCCGGUACCGGCGAUCUCAGUUGUGCGGGACACAGAGGCUCAGCUCCUCCCGGAGGUUGGAGUGGUGGUCACGUGUAAGGUGACCAGCAUCAACCCCCGGUUUGCGAAGGUUUCCAUUCUGUACGUGGGGUCCACUCCGCUGAAGGGGGCUUUCAGAGGAACCAUAAGGAGAGAAGACAUUCGAGCCACGGAGAAAGACAAGCUUGAAAUCUACAAGUGUUUCCGACCUGGGGACAUCGUGCUGGCCAAAGUGAUCUCACUGGGCGACGCUCAGUCUAACUACCUGCUGACGACGGCGGAAAAUGAGCUGGGGGUGGUGGUGGCCCACAGUGAGGCGGGUGCUCAGAUGGUGCCGAUCAGCUGGUGUGAGAUGCAGUGCCCACGGACACACGGCAAGGAGUUCCGCAAAGUCGCUCGAGUCCAGCCCGAGUUCCUGCAGACGUGAGACGGCAGCGGCCGCUGACAGCUCCGUGUGAGGGGGGGGCAAGAAACCCUGCCUGUUCGUGUCCAGCUGAACUGUCUUGAGUGACAAGCCAGCCCAAGCCCCCUCUUCCCACCACACAUACCUGUGCUGUCCUGAUGCAUCAACAAAUCUCUAUUUCACACCCUCCUCCUAUUUCACAGCCCUCCAAAUCCCAGCAAUUGUUCUUUUUAGAAAAUAAAGUGAAGUGUUUUUUUUUAACCUUU